CUCUGCUUUGAAAGAUUGCUUGAAAGUUCUUUGUUCAAUUAUCUGUAAAAAGAAAAAAAAAAUUACAUAGGGUACCUAAAUUUACAUCUCUCUGUCUCCUAUAUAAAGUGGUGACAGUUUGAGAUAAGGUGAGAAACCAUGGAUGACACGAUUGUUCUGUACCCUGCAACAGGCAGAGGACAUCUAGUUUCCAUGAUAGAACUAGCCAAGCUUAUAGCCAAACAUCAUACUUCUAUCAAAAUUACCAUCAUACUCCUUACUCCACCAAACGAAACAAUCUCCACAAGCUCCAUUCCAUCUAUUAACUUCAUUCACCUCCCACCGACCUCGCUUCCUCCUCCUGUUACCCCUCCUUCCUUCAGAGACAUUGUAGCCUCUUUCUUCGAACUCCCUCGGCUCAACAACCCUAACCUGCAUCAGACCCUUUUAUCCCUUUCUAAAACCGCCAAUAUCAAAGCCUUCGUUAUCGAUUUCUUUUGCAAUUCUGCUGUACAAGUUUCCUCUACCUUAAAUAUACCCACUUACUAUUUCUACACUUCAAAUGCAAAUGGCCUCUGCCAUUUUCUUUAUUCUCCGACCAUCAGUGAGAACAUUCCCGACAGUUUGGAAGAUCUUGAUAUCGUUAUUGAUACUCCGGGUAUUCCAAGCCUUUCAUCUAAGGUUUUGCCACCUGUCAUGCUUGACCGGUCUCAUAAAGUUUAUCAAUAUUUCAUUGACACGGCGAGCCAGAUGGCUAAAUCUGCAGGAUUACUCGUCAACACUUUUGAAUCGCUAGAAUCAAGAGCUAUCAAGGCUAUAAUAGAAGGGAAAUGUACCCCAGAUAUUCCGGUUCCCCCAAUAUAUUGCAUAGGACCUAUUGUUUCCAGCAGAAAAACCAAAGAAGAGCAUGAAUGCUUAGCUUGGCUCGACUCACAACCGAGUCGUAGCGUCGUGUUUCUUUCUUUUGGUAGCAUGGGAGCGUUCUCUGCUACUCAGUUAAAAGAAAUGGCUAUUGGAUUGGAGAAAACCGGGGUUAAUUUUUUGUGGGUGGUUCGCAAUCCACCGGAAAAUGGUCAGACGAGCGAUGGCAUGUUACUGGAAGAACUCAAUCUUGAAACUCUCUUUCCGGAAGGGUUUUUGGAGAGAACCAAAGAAAGGGGAUUUCUGGUCAAGCAGUGGGCGCCACAGGUUGCUAUACUUAAUCAUGACUCGGUGGGUCUGUUUGUGACUCACUGCGGGUGGAACUCGAUUCUCGAAUCGCUUUGUGCCGGCGUGCCUAUGUUGGCAUGGCCUCUUUAUGCGGAGCAAAAAAUGAACAGUGUUUUCUUGGUCGAAGAGAUGAAAAUGGCUUUGCCGGUGAAUCAGCCUGAAGAUGGUUUUGUGAGUGGGGAGGAGUUAGAGCAGCGGCUAACCGAGUUGAUGAACUCGGAGAAAGGGCAAACGAUUCAAAAGCGAGUUAUUGCCAUGAAAGAGGCUGCGGCGGAGGCAGCGAGCGAAGGAGGGUCUUCUCGUUUUGCCCUGGCCCAGUUAGUAGACGCAAUGGUACGAGUAGGCAAGAAAUAAUAAAGUCAGCGAUGGUUGGUUUGUUUGUUUGUUUUUUUUUUUGUUCUAUAACUAGACAAAGAAAUAGAUGCUCGCCCAUCAACGAAUGAGCUACUUGGUUCGCUGGUUUUUUAACAAAAGACACAGAAAAUGAUUAAAAUUCAUUCAAGAGAGUUUUACAAUCA